AUGCAUCGCGCAGGGGUCGACGCCCUCACCAUCCAGUUCCACGGCGGCUGGACCUCUGAUACGUUUACGAGCUACACACGCCCCUGCGGUGUUUCCAUUGUCACCGUCGCGGAGAAGAUGGCGAGCGGCAGCGGCGGCUCAGCCGCUCUGCACCUGAACCACACGCACGAGCGAAAGCGCGUUUGCACCCUCAUCGCUGACUAUCCAGAACUUAAAAGAACACGAGGCAAACAGCAGAAGAUGAGUGUCGAGCUGCAUCUUUUGGGACUUCUCAAGAUACUGGGCUCAACGGAUGGUGAAGGUUGUUGGGCCGCUUUCCUGUCGAUUCAAUUCCACCUGAAUAGAUUGAGCGUGAGCCUACUGGUGAAGAAAAAGAUGAUGAUGAAUGUGACCCGCUGA